GCCCAGCAUCAGGCUACGAUGAGUAUAACCAGUGACGAAGUCAACUUCUUGGUCUACAGAUAUCUCCAAGAAUCAGGUUUCUCUCACUCAGCAUUCACCUUUGGCAUCGAGAGCCACAUCAGCCAGAGUAACAUCAAUGGAACACUAGUGCCCCCUGCAGCCCUCAUCUCCAUCCUGCAGAAAGGGCUUCAGUAUGUGGAGGCAGAAAUCAGCAUCAAUGAGGACGGUACAGUCUUUGAUGGUCGGCCAAUCGAGUCGCUGUCUCUCAUCGACGCGGUGAUGCCGGACGUGGUGCAGACGCGGCAGCAGGCCUUCAGAGACAAGUUAGCCCAGCAGCAGGCGGCCUGCGCCAUGUCGGCCUCGACCUCCGGACACCAGACCAACGCACCAAAAAAUGGAGAAGCCACCUUCAACGGGGAGGAGAACGGCACCCACAACAUGAAUAACCACAGUGAGCCGAUGGAGAUGGAUGGAGACGUGGAGAUACCAGCGAGUAAAGCCACCGUGCUCCGAGGUCAUGAGUCUGAAGUGUUCAUCUGUGCCUGGAACCCCGUCAGUGAUCUGCUGGCCUCAGGUCGGGGGGACUCCACGGCCAGGAUCUGGAACCUGAACGAGAAUAAUAAUUCCAAUUCCACCCAGCUGGUUCUGCGCCACUGUAUCCGAGAAGGAGGUCAGGACGUCCCCAGCAACAAGGACGUCACUUCACUGGACUGGAACAGCGACGGGACUCUCCUAGCAACAGGCUCUUAUGACGGAUUUGCCAGAAUAUGGACAAAGGACGGAAAUCUGGCGAGCACCUUGGGGCAGCACAAAGGGCCCAUAUUUGCUCUCAAGUGGAACAAGAAGGGGAACUCAAUUCUCAGUGCUGGUGUAGAUAAGACGACAAUCAUUUGGGACGCUCAUACAGGAGAGGCCAAGCAGCAGUUUCCCUUCCACUCAGCUCCAGCCCUGGAUGUGGACUGGCAGAACAACACGACCUUCGCCUCCUGCAGCACAGACAUGUGUAUCCACGUGUGUCGGCUUGGCAGCGACCGGCCUCUGAAGACCUUCCAGGGACACACGAAUGAAGUUAACGCCAUUAAGUGGGAUCCAUCGGGCAUGCUGCUGGCCUCCUGCUCAGACGACAUGACCUUAAAGAUUUGGAGUAUGAAGCAGGAGUCUUGUGUCCACGAUCUCCAGGCUCAUAGUAAAGAAAUCUACACCAUUAAAUGGAGCCCCACAGGCCCGGGCACAAACAACCCCAACUCCAACAUCAUGCUGGCCAGCGCCUCUUUCGACUCGACAGUUCGGCUUUGGGAUGUCGAGCGGGGGGUCUGCAUUCACACGCUCACUAAGCACCAGGAACCCGUGUACAGCGUGGCCUUCAGCCCGGACGGUAACCACCUGGCCAGCGGCUCCUUUGACAAGUGUGUCCACAUCUGGAACACCACGACUGGAGCCUUGGUGCACAGCUACAGGGGCACCGGGGGGAUUUUUGAGGUUUGCUGGAACAGCACUGGAGACAAAGUCGGUGCCAGCGCAUCAGACGGCUCGGUUUGUGUUCUUGAUCUCCGAAAAUAGCCGCCUUGAGACUUUGAUGAUGUAUCCUGGAACGUGCAGCAAAUUGCCUUCUUCUGCCGUCAGCAAACAAACUGUCACUGCUCAAAGAGACAAAGAGAGCUGUGGAGUGAACCUGCAGCAGCUUCUGAGGAGGUGCAGACAACAUCUACCUGCUGAUGUGUGUUUUAUGAAACACCUCAAAUCAGUUCAGAGAUCCCCAAGACUGGACUGAAUCCAUCUCCCUGGGUGCAUCCAUGUUUCAGAAGGUUUCUAACGAUGACGUGCUGUGAUCCCGCCGGGCCCCGGUACAGCUGUUAUCGGGUUGUAAGGGUGGAAACGCAAAGAUGAGUUUUAUAUGAAGAGAGAGAGAGAAGUGCAAAUGAGACAGGUGAAAGGUAAGAAGAUUUAAAAGAAAGGCUGUGGUUUUUAAAUUCCUCUGAGAAAAUGUUAUUUCAUGUUCAAGAGUAACAUCAACACUGAAGCACUAGUACUGUCUGCUAACCGGCUUCUUCUUCUCAGUGGAUUCAACAGUACUUCUAGUUUUUUUUGUUUUUUUUUGCAUCUAUUUUCCACAGACAGACUUUUUGAAAGUGAAAGUUGAAUGUGCCGCUGAGACGUAGUUUCACAUCAGGUCAACUCGAGGAAAAACCUGCCAAGACACAGAGCUCCCAAACUGAACCGCCUAGCUCACCUGAGAUUACAGAAACGAUGUGAGGAGUUUACAAAGAGAAUUUUCUCCCCUCUUUUUGGAUGUAAAUUUUAAGAAUGUAAAGAAAUGUAAAUUAGAUACACAGACUUAUAUACUGUGUAUAUGUUUAUAUACAGUACACUUUCUGGUAAUCCUGUAGGGGCUCAUUAAUGACUAGAGCUGUCAAAUCUUUACUGAUAACAUGGACAAGAACGCUUUUUAAACCAA